AUGUCAUAUUCUUUACAUAAUACUAUCUCCUACUUUAAAAAACAAUCAAACUCAAAUGAUUCCAAUUCAAAAGCCAGAUCGGAAAAACCUCCAUCAAAUGAGCUCAAAAAUCAUCAAAAUCAGAAUAAAACUUUAAAUGAUUCUGAAAACAAAAAUCACAUUAAUAUCAAAAUUAAAUCAUUUAGAUCAUCCAAAAAGGUCAAAAAAUUAGAUGCUAACGACACCAAUUCAACCAUUGACGAUGCUUCUCCAGUUAAAGAAACCAAACAAUACAAUUCAAUUAAAUCUUUUUUUCAAAGACAAAUAAAAAAUAUCAAAAGUAUUAAAUCAGUCAAAAAUUACAAUGGUUCAAUCAAAAAAGAAGAAAUUGAAAAUAAAUCAUUACCAUCCUCAUUACCAGCACCAUCUUCAUUAUCAUACUCACUAUUAUCCCUAUCUCCAUCUCCAUCUCCAUCUUCAGCAUCAUUAUUAUUUCCAAGCUUUAAAAAAUUGGGAAAUUUGAAAUUUUAUAAAUCUUUCACAAAAGAACAUCAAGAAAAUUGUAAAUUUGAUGAGUUUGACAACGCACAUGUGAAAGUCCAACACAUAUGCUCAAAUGAAGAAAAACCCAAUUUAAAGGAUGAAAACAAAGAAUAUGAUGAUCACUCAGAUGAAGAACUUUUUGCCGAAAAACUACAACAAACAAUUCGAUAUAACGAUUAUCCUAAUAAUAAUUAUCCUGAUAACAAUAAGCAAAAAAUCCCUCCAAAACUCUCCCAAAAAUUCAAAAGAGUGAAAUUUGAAAUAUACGAUCAAGUCAAGUAUUUUGAUAAAAUGAAUCAUACAAAAGAUGCCCCAGGGUGUAAAAGAUUACCUCCGUAUAGAAGAAAACCAAAUAAAGGAAUAUUAAAGGAAACCUCGAACAAUGGAAGGGAUAUGAAAGAUGAUGAAAGAAUCAAAACUAAUGAAAAUAAACACUAUUGUUAUAUCCAGAACAAAACCCUUCAAAAAGAGCUGACUGAUGAAAUUAUGGAAAAGCUUGAUAAUAAUGUGGAAAAAAAAUCAGACAAACAUAAACUCCAAGAAAGGUUAUACAAAGAAAUCAUUAACAAUCUCUAUUAUGGAAUGGGAAAUCAAACCAAAUGCAAAUACGAUAAUUCCAUCAACAAAAGCAGCAACGAUCCAAGUGAAAUGGUUCCACCAUUAAAAGUGGUCAAGCAUCACAACACACAUCCAAAUAAAAAGAUUAGACCAUUAAGAAUGGCCAAACAUGAUAACCAACAGGAGAUUGAAGCAACAGCACCAUUGAGAUUGUGCAAGCUUUAUAACAGAUAUCCAAGUAAAGAUAUCAGACCAUUAAGAAUGGCCAAGCAUCGAAACAACAGUAAUCCAAAAAGUUUGAUUGGUGAGAUUAUGGAAAAACUUUACUAUAGCAUCAAAAGUAAAUCAGACGAAUAUAAACUUCAAGAGAUGUUACAUAGAGACAUCAUGAACGAUCUUUUUUAUGGAAUGGGAAAUCAAACCAAAUGCAAAUACCAUAGUUCCAUCAACAAAAGCAACAAUAAUCUGGUCAAAGAGAUCAUAGCAUUGAAAGUGAUCAAAAAUCGUAACAGAAAUCAAACUGAAGCUACUGCACCACUAAGGAUGAUAAACCCUGGUCUCAAAAAACGAAUCGAAAAUACUGUACCAUUAAGGGUUAUCAACCAUAAUAACCAAAACCAAAUGAAGAUACUGUGCCAUUAA